UACGUACACGGGUUAACCAAAAAAAAAAAGAAGAAGAGAAUAUACAUGCACGGACGAAAAACAGUGAAAAGGGGGAAGGGAACGGAGCGGGGGGAGAGAGAUUGAACGAGGGAGAAUUCAGAAAGGAAUUAGAGAAGAGAAAAACAGAGCCGCCACUGUUAAUCUCGUCGGAGCACCGGCGACGCAACUACAGUCACCGGAGAACCCCACUGGAAACAAAACCAGCGACCAAAAACGCCCAGGAACACCGAAACUCCAUCUCCACCGGCGAAACCCGCCGGUAGAACUCCAUUAACCAUCACUCCGGUCAGCUUCGAAUCGCCGGCGAACUCCUUUGCUAACCGGCGAACACACAGCAGCUCCGUCCAGCCCCCUCGCCCACGACACACAUACAAAUAGAGAGAGAAAAUGGGUUUGGCGAACAAGAGUUUGGGGUCGAGAUUUGCGAAUUUGGUUUUGAUAUUCGAGGUCGCGUUCGAGGUUCCGUGUUAUCGGUUCGAAUAAGGCUCGUGGAUUUAUCACUUGAAGUUGAAAUUUGACAGUUUGAAAGCCCGAAUUUGAGGAUAUGGGGAUUAUAAAAGCCGGCUCAGUGUCAGGAAAAUUACCCACUAAUAAGGUCUUUGCUGUUCAUUACCCUGCUUACCCUUCUUCAGUAGAACGUGCUGUUGAGACUCUUGGUGGCAUUCAAGGUAUUGCCAAGGCUCGAACUUCACAGUCAAAUAAGUUGGAGCUCCAUUUCCGGCCAGAAGAUCCUUAUUCACACCCUGCCUUCGGGGAGCUUAAGCAUAGCAAUAACUUCUUGUUGAAAAUAUCCAAGUGUAAAGUAAGGGAUGUCCAAUCUGCUGACAGUAGCUGUGGAAUAUCGAUACAAUCUACAACGGGUCCUGUUAAUCGUGAACAAGAAAAUUCUUGUGUUGAUUCUUUAGCUGCACAAAAGGUGAAUGAAUCUAGAUGUUUACCUGCUGGUGCUUCGAAAGAAAUUGAAGUGCAGACAGCUACUAAUUUGAAGGAGCAUCUCUCGGCUAGGAUUGUUUCUCAUGUUUCUGAAGCUUAUCAUUUUAACGGAAUGGUAGACUAUCAGCAUGUUCUCGCUGUUCAUGCUGAUGUUGCGAGAAGGAAAAAGAGACAGUGGGCAGAGGUGGAGCCUAAAUUUGAGAAGGGAGGUCUUAUGGAUGUUGAUCAGGAGGAUUUGAUGAUAUUACUACCUCCUCUUUUCUCCUCAAAAGAUAUGCCUGAUAAUAUUGUAUUAAAAUCUUUAGCAAGUGUGGGCUUGAAAAGAAAACAAGAGGGACAACACAAUUGGGAGAGGGAUAUGGAGCCAAGUCUUGCAAUUGAUUUUACUAUCAAAGAGAUUCCGAAGCCAGUGGAUUGGGAAAAGUACAUUCCUCGGGACUCAGAUCAGUGGAGAUGGCAGAAGGCUGUAUCUGAAUUGUUUGAAGAGCGUAAAAUAUGGGCCAAGGAGUCAUUGACUGAGCACUUGCGUGAUGGGGGUCUGAAAUUUGGAGAGGGCAUGGUCAAAAGGCUUCUUUGUCGAGUAGCAUAUUACUUUUUGAAUGGGCCUUUCCGUAGAUUCUGGAUAAGAAAAGGUUAUGAUCCUCGGAAGGAUCCUGAAUCCCGCAUAUACCAGAAUAUUGAUUUCCGAGUGCACCAUGAAUUACGAAGCUACUGUGAGAGCCGUCUGUCAUCUGGAUUGCAACAUAGAUGGGAUGAUAUAUGUGCCUUCCGUGUUUUUCCGUAUAAAUGUCAGAUAUCAUUGCAGCUUUGUGAACUCAAGGAUGACUACAUUCAACAAGAAAUCAUAAAACCUUCAAGAGAAGAAACUUGUGAUAGUGCAACAGGAUGGUUCUCCUUUCAUACUCUUGAUUGCUUGAGACGCUGUAUUGAUGUCAGAUUUAUGUCAGUAUGCCCUCAUCCCCGUGCUGAGUCUUUACUAAACUCUGUGUCCACCCGUUUUGAAAAGUCAAAGAGGAUUCACACUUGCGCGAAAGUUGCUAGACCUGAAGAGCAAGAAAAAGUCAGUAAAGAAGUGGAAAACAAUGAAGUUGAUGAACAAGCAGAAAAUCAUGAAGUUGAUGAACCUGAUGAUUUAGAAGAUUAUGAAGAUGAGUUUGAGGAUGAUAAUGUUGACGAGGAGAUUGAUGCAUAUGAACCUCUUGACCUCGAAGAGGAUUUCUCUCUGCAUGAUGAUCCACAUACAAACCACGAUAAUGUUUCAAGAGAUUACUUGCAAGAGCUCUUUGGCAAUUUUCCAUUCAGUACAGCAGGGGUGGAUACAGCAGGGGUGGAUGAAGAAGUGCAAGAUGAUCAGAGUCUUGGAGAAUAUCAGAUAUAUGACGAAUACAAUGAUGGUUCUGGUUCCGAAGAUGAAGAUUACUAAGACAUCUUGUCAGUGUUCCUUUUUCUCUUUUGCAAAUCACAUACUUUCCUACUUUGAUGCAUCUGGUAGUUUUCCAUCACUUAUGAUACCAUAAUAUUUUCCGUGCUAAAUCGUUGUGGGUUUUUACAUCUUAAAUCAUAAGAAAGGAUCUUUCUGGUGCAUGUAAGUUGUACUUAGAUUAAUCUCAGUAAAGAGUGUUUGGUAUGGCUACUAACUCCCUCCUGUUGUUUUGAAUCAGUUUGGGGGUAAUUUUGUAGGGUAAUUAGUGAUGAAGUGAAGAACUGAUGCUUGAGAAAAGGGUGGGAAUCAAGUAUAUUGCCUGAGCUCAAAUCUACAGCAAAAAAACUUAGUGUUGCUUUUUUUUUUUUUUUUCUUUUAAAUUUUAAUUUUUGUGUUACGUUUCUGUCUUACCUGACCAAGAAGCUGGCUAAAUAAGGUAUUCAUAAAGAGUCUUGUUUUGCUUCUUACCUCUUAUCUUAUAGUAGGAGAUAAUCGGAGAGAAAAUCCUAUCAAUUCCUUUUAAAUGAGGCCAUGCUCCAUCAAGCCUUUGAAAGUAUAUUGAAAAUAGAAGUGGGGUUUGGGGGAGGGAUGGUCGGGGUGGACUUCUUUCAACUCAAAGACUUAGGGGUGGAACUCAUUGGCACCAGUGCAAUCUACACUCUUUCUAGUCAAAGACUCAGGGAUGAGUUCACUCUUUCUAGUCAAAGACUCAGGGGUGGAACUCAUCAGUACCUGCUGCAAUCUACACUUUAUUAUCGAAAACUCUGGGCUGGAACUCAUCGGCACCACUGGAACCUAUGCACUUGGGCGAUAAUUGCUUCUGCUUCCUAUCUACUUGGUCACAUCCUUCCCAUAUCUAUCAGUUAAGACCACUCUCUAGGUUAAAAUGCUUGUUUCUUCUGUAUUCUAGACCCUUUUAACCAUUGAAAUAAGUGUACAUAAAAAUCUGAUUUCAAACUUCUUUUCCUGUUC